AUGAGACGGGCAUACUAUAGCUACUACCCAGAAUCCUGGAAAGUCAAUAAGGCUCUAUUUGAUAAGCCCAGUAACACGGAAGCAAGGAUUAGAUUGGGCAGGACAGAAUUCCCGGACGUAUCGUCCGCUGUGGCGGCAGAAAUCCACCACAUCAAGUCGCAAAUCGCUAUUGAAUACUCGUAUCGGCUUAGAGAGAGGGACCCUGAUCUGUGGGUAUUCUGGGUGUAUGCAAGUACUGCCGAGCGAUUCGAAGGCGCUUACAGAUCCAUUGCUGCUAAACUUGACCUGCCCGGUGCCGAUGAUCCUAAAACGGACGUGUUGGGUCUAGUUUCAAGAUGGCUGAGCAAUAUCGACAACGGCUGUUGGCUUUUGAUUCUUGAUAAUGCUGACGAUAUCGAUGUUUUUCAAAAGACACAAGAGGAAGGAUCUUCAAAAGUAAAUGGCCCGAAUCUUCCAUUAUCGAGCUACAUCCCACAGUCUAUCAAUGGAUCAGUGCUUAUUACUACACGAGACCGAAGAGUAACAUCUUGGCUCAGCACUGGAUAUACGAGCGUCAUUCCGGUCAAUUUGAUGCAAUUGGAGGAAGCCGAGCAGCUACUUUGCAUUAAUAUUCCCCAAGGUCUAUCGACAGGUCUUGAUCGUGCCGACCUUGUUAAAGAGCUAGAUUAUCUGCCACUUACAAUUUCUCAAGCGGCUGCGUACAUUAGUGCGAGAGUUACUCGCAUAACUGUUUCCAAGUACUUGAUGCUCUAUCGUCAAAACGAACAAAGUCAAACCAGACUGCUCGACCAAGAUUCUGGGGAUCUAAGACGCGAUUCAGGCGUCCCGAACUCUGUGAUUAGGACUUGGCAAAUCUCAUUCGACCAGAUCAAGCGGAACCAGCCACAAGCUGCAGAGCUUUUGUCCCUAAUGGCCAUGCUAGAUCGCCAAGGUAUCCCCGAAUUCCUCCUCUCCGUCCGGUACCCCAAUCCCCUCGAUCUCGAAGACGCUCUAGGCCCUUUGGAUGAGUUUUAUUUAAUUACCAUUGAGAAGGGCGGCAAGAGUUUUGAGAUGCACCGGCUUGUCCAACUCGCAACACGGAAGUGGGUCGAGCGGUAUGGUGAUAGCAAGAGACGGUGGGGUGAGGCUAAUGAAGUCGUAUCAAAAGCGUUUCCAGACGGCAGCUACAGCAACUGGAAGACGUGUGAGACUCUGUUACCACAUGCUCUUCAAGUGCUGACGUAUGGAUUAGAGUCAAGCCAGUCUAUGCUUGACCGCGCAUCCCUCUUACACAACAUGGCUUGGUAUAACUGGAUACAAGGUCGUUACGAAAUUGCGCAAGCCGAAAGUCGAGAAUCUCUUACUCUUCGUAAACAAUUUCUUCCGCAUAAUGAUAGCAGAGUGCUUGCGAGUAUGAGUAUGCUUGCCUCGGUGCUUUCCAGCCAGGGCAAGUACGCGGACGCCGAGGCCAUGAACCGCCAGACGCUCGAGAUACGGGAAGAGGUGCUCAGUAAGACGCACCCUGACACGCUCACGACUAUGAAUAAACUCGCUCUUAUGCUUAACAGCUAG